AUGCGUCUACGCGAUUUGUUCCGUGGACCGUCAAAUACUGAUCGAAAAUCAACUCUAUCGCUUGUUCCAAAUUUAGAUGCAAAUACGUUCGUGAAUGCUGCUCAAGAGAAAGAUACCGACUCAUUGCACAAGUAUUUGCUGACAGAGCAACGAGAUCAUGUUUCAGGUUUCCCGCCAGACCAACCAGAUCCUUCCACAAAAGCAACAGCUUUACAUGUUGCGGUUGAAUCAGCUAAUCUACGCGCUAUUCAAAUGUUACUUCAAGCCGGUGCACAAAUCAAUGUAACUGAUAUAAGUUCAUCAACGCCACUUCAUAUUGCAGCUUACAUGGGCUAUGAAGAAAUACAUAGGUUGUACAGAUACUUCUAUCACACGGUGCUGAUAUUUCAACAUUUUCUAACCACACAAGAUCCCGAACAGACAAUUCUGCACAAACCCGAUGCUCAAAAUUGGACACCGCUGAUGUGCGCCUGUGCUAGCAAUCAACCAGCAAUAUGCGCAUUUCUUCUCUCUCAUCAUGUGGACCUCUGUGCAAUCAAUGAUCGACAUAUGACAGCAUUACACAUUGCUGCCUUUCUCGGUUCAUUGCCAGUUCUUCAAGAACUUCUCACAUCAUCUAAUGAUGACAACAUAUUGAAAGCACUUAAUCAAGGUGAUCAUCGAAAUCAAACUCCAUUAUUUUAUGCUUGCAUCGAAGGCCAUCUCGAUAUUGCAUUAGUACUAAUUCGUGCUGGUGCAAAUGCUUAUCAUUUAGAUAAUGAAGAUCAAACAUGUUUACAUGCUAUGCUAUCAUCAACAAUCGUAUUAAAACGACAUAUAUGUUUAUUUUAUCGUUUUAUACAAUUUGUUGAUUAUCGUGAGCAUCAGGAUUACCUCGGACGAACUUUACUAGAUUUGGCUUAUUUGAAUCAAUUGAACACGAUCAUCUGUCUAUUGAAUAUGUUGAAUUACAAAACGAAUGCCAAUGUUGUUUUCAUUAGUGAACAGAUGGAAAAUCGUCUGUGUUGUCAUGAUAAUCAAGUUCUUUCUCUACGCCAGCUUUGCAUUCUUCGUUUUAAAAAUUCGGUAGUUUAUCAUCGAAAUCAACGACAACCUACGCAGCAUGAUUUACUCGAGAAAAGCUUACAGGAAAUCUUUCAGAUAAAUUCAACAAUCGAUUUACCCAAUUUGCAAGAAACAAACUCAAUCGAACUUCCUGUCGGUAAAUCUUUAGAUGACAUUUCACUUCUUCAGCAGCAACAAUCAACUAAAUAUCCGAAGAAUUCAAAAACGAUCAAAAAUCCCGAGAAAAAAAUGAGAAAAACAUCAACGAUCUUUUCAACAACAUCAUCAUCGACGAACAAAUGGGCGUCACAAGUUGAUUUGCAACAUUCACCCUCAACAUGGUCAGUGCUAACACAUAAAUUCAAAGGCCAACGAACACUUCCGCCAUUAAUCAAUCCAAAUCAGGCACUAGCAGAACAACCAGCAGAUCCAUUACAAUCGUUGCCCACACAUCGGAUGAGGAGUUUAGCUUUGAAAAUGUUAACAUCGCCAAUGAAACUAGAUGAGCUACUGGAUUUUCCUUCGUUGAAUAGCAGUCAGUUUCUGGAUGACGAUUUACGACUGUCGAUGAAAACUUAUAAAUUAUUAGAUAUAAACGCAUCGAAUUAA